AUCGGGUCCCUUUCAGAAGCUAAAAUCCUACAUUUCCCAUCGUUUGAGGAAAAGCCUCACAUCCAAUCACGUUCGACCAUUACACUUCCUGGAGCCGGGGGUGUACUGGGAAUUGUCACCGUGGACAUAAACACAGAUCAACGCGCUUUGUUCUGACGAAGCCAAAUUUUUGUUGACCAGGAUGAUUGACGUUCGAGCAUGGGCAGAAUAUGUGGUGGAGUGGGCUGCGAAAGACCCCUAUGGUUUUCUCACCACUGUCAUACUGGCUCUCACACCUCUUUUCAUUGCCAGUGCACUGCUGUCCUGGAAACUGGCCAAGAUGAUCGAGGCGCGUGACCGAGAGCAGAAGAAAAAGCAGAAACGUCAAGAAAACAUAGCUAAAGCCAAGAGGACCAAGAAAGACUAAGUCUGUGAGAGUAGGAUGAGGGCAUAUAAAGGGAGGAGCAACCACCAUGCUUGCAGCCCUCCUUACUCCAAAUAAUGACACAGUGCCCUUUGUCAUCCCAGCCCUACUGUCAGCACAGGGCUGACGCGCCUCAUGUCUGGGGUAGGAGGAGAGACACUAGCAGGCCCACAGACCUAACAGUGCUGAGACAGACAGUACUGCCCGGAGGAGACUUGUCCCAGUGGGACUUUGGUCAGCAAGAGCACAGUGGUCAUCUGUAUGAUGUUUUUAUUCAGACAUCCACUGAUAAUAUUGUGCAGCUGUUGUGACACCUUGCAUUCCAGUCUUAGCAUCCCCGUUGUGCUGAUUUGACAUUUGGAACUUUUUCCAAGUAACCUGCAAAAUGUCCAAAUUAUUACUUUUAAUCAAUAAAGUUUUCAUGAUUGAUAAGAAAAAAA